CCAGCUAAAGUUAUGGAGCAAGAAGAGAGUCUGUAGAGGGUGGCUCUGUACCUAAAGCAACUCCACUAUGAAUUUUAGGAUUUAUUCUGCAGUUUAUUGCUUCCUAUGCACUGGAAUCCUAAAGCACCAUAAUGGAGUUGCAACAGCAGGUUCAACCUUUAGUCAAAGUAGGCAGCUUUCUUGCUUGUUUGAGGCAACUGAAACAAUCCCAUUGUUAAGUGAAUUCAAGUACAUCAGACAGAAUGCCUGGCUCCUGCUAAGUGGAACUGAGAGACCUCACCAAGAAUAUCCUCCUGCUGCUGAUACCCUCACAUUUAUUGUACAAGAGUCCUCACUGGAUAUUCUCCAACAUAUGGACGAGGAUACUGACCAGCUUGAAUGUAAGAUUAGCAGAUAUUUUACAGAUAACACGCAGAUCCUCUGGCCUGGGUUACAAACUCAGCUUCAUAAACUAGAUUCGUGGUUCACUGGCACCAUAAAGCACCUGGCUGACAAAUUCACCGUUACAGUCUUUUUGGUACAAUCAAGUGCCAGCAAAGAGGCAGAGAACCAAGUCCCCGAAGACGUUUCUCAAGGCAACGCAGAGAGAUUUUAUCUUUCAGGUGUAUUCUUGGUACGCACAGGACCCUCUCUAAUCCAGUCUGGCUUGAAUAAGGAUGUCCUCCUUAGCUGUGCUUUCUCAGUUGAUCACCACACAGAUGUCACCAUCAAAUGGGUAUUACAGCAGAAAGGAGGACACAAGAAGCUGAUAUUUGCCUACAAUGGAUUUACCAGGCAGGUGGAACACAAGGAUAAACGGGCUGAGAUGUUCCUAGCGGAGAUGCCGAAGGGGAAUGCUUCUCUCUUACUAAGAACAGUGGGAGUAAGAGAUGCAGGAACCUAUUCUUGCUCAAUAUUGGUGUCGUCACUUCUUUGGGCACAGAAUGUCCAGCUGGAAAUAGUAGAAAAGCCCACGGUCACCCUCAAUGCUGACGUCCUGUCCCUGGUGGAAGGAGACGAACACAAGCUGGUCUGUGACAUCAGUCACUUUUACCCUCAUGAUGCUGACGCUCAGUGGCUUCAGGAACCAGUGGAGCAGGGGAUGCUCCCACAUCUGGUGACUCACGUUGUCUUUAGUAGUCACAGGCACAACAGCGAUGGGACUUACAGCUUCUCCAGUUACUUCCUGCUUAAGGCCUCCCUCAGGGACGAUGGGCGUAGGUACACCUGCCGGGUGGAACACCAGAGCCUGAAACACCCAAUCAAGAAGAGCCUGACGGUGAAAGUGACAGAAUCUACCUCAGCAACUUGGUUCCUUGUCAUCCUAUUGGUCCUUCUCGCUGGGUGUCUUGUUGUGAUGUUGUAUUAUCUUUACCGAGGUAAAAAAAAAAAGUGUCCAAAACCUUACUAGAGCACAAGACCUUUCAGUCCAGUCAGGACGUGCUGCUCCCCAGCUGAAAAAUGAAUCACAGCACAAGAGUGUGGAAAGAAAGAACAUGUGCCUCUGACUUCAUCCUGUGCUAGAUUUGCCCUAGUAACUCCGGAUGGUGUUUCUCCGAACACUGGUCUGAUUCUGUGUUGCCUUGUACACUUAUAAAAGCUAUGGCUGGUGGGAGUGGAGAAUUCUGAUUUGGUUGUGUUACACGUAAGUUGCAAAGUUGAGCCUGCUCUGCACACCGUGAUUUUUUUGUACUGCUAUGAGUGUUCGUUGGUUAGUGGUAUGAAUUUUUCUUUUUAACUAAUGCAGCUGGUAGUUAUGCCAGUACAUUCCCGUCGGUAGACACCUAGUCCCCUUACCACAUGGAAGUAAGAUGCACUAAAAUAACGUCUUCCAUACUAGGGGAAAUUGUAAUACUGUAUGCUGGUAUAAUUAAUGGAAUACAACUUGUAUGCGUACAAGGCCAUAGAUAAGAUCCUUUAAAAUUAUGGGCCAGAUUCCUCAUUGCCCUGCCCCUUGUAUAAUCAUUUACACAAGUGCAGAUUGGGUAUAAAAUAUUCCCAGUCUGAUUUACUAGCAUUUUGCACUGAUUUUGGCCAAGCUUUACACUAUGGGAGUGAUAGCAGCAUAGCUAGCUGUAGGAUAUGAAAAGAUUUUUUUUUUCUCAUCGCUGUAAGAACAGGCGAUGGUAAUGAGGUUGAUGGAAGCAUUCUCCUGUCGACCUAGCUAUAGAUGGAAGUGUGGAUCUAUAUAGACCAGGCCUUUGGGGUAAAAAAAGCUACACAAGGUGGUGGAGAAUCUGGCUUUAUGACCUCCAGGAGUUUUCACCAGUAUUUUUCAGUCAUCAAUCAGAUGUCCUGUAUUUGCAUGUUAGAAUUAUUAUGGC